GCGGGAAUUCAACUCGUAUAUGGUUGCAGAAGUUGUACGCCUACUGACAUCCUGUGACCAUAUACUCAAGCCAUUCACAGUAUCCAGUCUCUUCCAAACGACCGCCCUUUACUGGCGAUGCCUGAUGAGUGGACUGCUGUCGGCAAACUAUUUGAACGUCCUUGGUUCCGGCGAGUGUGGGUUCUGCAAGAGAUAGGUGUGGCCAAAAAGGCGACCGCUUUUUGUGGUGGACUGACAAUUGACUUCAGUGAAAUAGCACUGUUUGCCCAAUUCCAUCACAGCGUGAAGAAAUUCCUGCCGAAGCGCACCAAUGUUGCCACAUACCAUUCUUAUCUUGCUCUGGCGGAUAUUUGGGCAAGGUUUGGUACAGUGGGAUCAUGGAUGAAUGGUGACCCAAUAUUGAAGGCGAUCAGAGAAUUCUGGGUGGCACCGGAACGCUCUGCGAAUGGUAUCGUCGAGGUGUUGCAUACGAGCAGAUUCUUCCAGGCCACUCGUGAUGUAGAUCACGUUUAUGGCUUCCUCGGGCACGUUGAGGCAAAGAGCCAGGAUGGCAAGUCUAACUUGAUCGAAGUUGACUACAAGCGUCCCACUGAGGAGACGUAUCUGUUACUCGCGACGCAACUACUACUGUCAACAAGGUCGUUGCGACUUCUCUGCGUCGUCCAGCAUUGGCACGAAGACUUGGUCGAUGCAGAGCGAAAAGGUCUUCCCUCCUGGGUACCCAUGUUCCACUCCGCGCCCCUUUACGAAUUCCUCAUUCCGCAUUCAUCCUACGAUGCAAGCCCAGCGCAAGGCUUGUCCAAUAACGUCGUUAUCUCUGUCGAUGGUAGAGCAUUGACAGUUGCCGCCCUCAUAACAGACUCGGUCACACAGAUCUCAGCUCCUUUCUCCGACGACGAGCAGAGCCUCCCACAGAUCCUCUACCAUGGCUGGGAGUACUACAAACGAAUCCCGGUCAGAGACCCAGAUAUGUACUAUACAAGACUAUGUUGGCUCUUUGUCCAAGUAUACGACCUUCCCAGCAGUCUCCAAGCCGAUUUCAUGGCCUAUUGUCAGCAAUACUGCAGUACACCCUUUUAUCAGCACUUCUUGUCCGUCCCUCAACUCGCAAAAGCCCAGUCGUCUACAGCGAACAUCAGUGCACACCGCUUUGCGAGCCGAGCAUCCGAGUAUUGCGCUCGCAGAAGGGUAUUCUUCACAGAGGAAGGGUUGUGCGGAAUGGCAUUGCGACCUGCACGAAAAGGCGAUAAAGUUGCCUUCAUCUUUGGCUGUCCAAUGCCGGUACUGCUCAGGCCAAGCAGUGAACCCCUGGUGUUUAGAUUCGUUGGCCAGGCGCAAAUUCCCGGCCUCAUGCGUGGCCAGAUCCUUAAGAUGUUGAGGAAAGGUUCUUUGCGGACACAUCCCCAGAACAUCGUGCUUACUUGAUGGAAAGCAAUCGGUCCACCUCUACGCAUUCAUGAGCAUGAAUAGAAUAGCCUUUACCAUAAACGCAAAUGAGUCGCGUGUGUACUACUAUAUGCCCUGCCAGGCAGUCGAAUUUGAUGCCAAGCAAAAUACUCGUUAUGGGCGGGCCGGUGGUGAUCAGGCUGCCUUUCCAAUGCCUGUGCCUGGCUUUUUGCGCCGGGUGCCG